AUGGAGAGAGUUGAACAGGUUUCCAACCACUCGCCUGUGGCGUCCCAAAUUGAGAGGGAGGCUGAGGCCGACUUUGUGCCAGGCACAGAGGUCAUGACUGCUGCAAAUGGGGCGAGAUCCGACAAUCAAGACUCAAUCGUCCUCAUUCCACAGCCAACAAAUGAUCCACACGAUCCACUUAACUGGAGUACCUUGUGGAAAACUUUGGUUAUUGUCAAUCAGGGCAUCUUCGUUAUAACCAGUGUCAUUCCAACUCUGUCCAUAGCGCCAUUGACACCGAUUUUCAUGCAGCAAUGGCAAAAGUCAUUGACCGAUGUCGCUUUGUUGACUGGAGUGACUGUUAUUCUUCUAGGCUACUGCAACUUCAUCAUCAUCCCUAGCUGCGAGAUUUUUGGACGACGGAUAACCCUCCUUGUCUGCGCGAUACUCAAUAUUGGUGCUUGCAUCUGGCAAGCAACUGCAACGUCGUAUGGCUCGUUCCUAGGUGCCCGGAUUCUUGCGGGGACCGGAGCUUCCGCAAACGAGAGUAUUAUGAAUGUCGUUGUUACCGACAUUUAUUUCCUCCACGAGCGCGGUAAAUAUGUUGGAUCCUACUUCUGGUGUUAUUUUAUGGGUCUCUUCCUUGGCCCUAUCAUCUCAGGAGCUGUUGCAGAGAAUGUUUCUUUCAGAAUCUUCUUCUGGGCCUGUACCGGUGCUCAGGGGCUCAACAUCAUUGCACUGUUGUUUUUCUUUCCAGAGACACGUCGAUCACGAGAGCAGAGUCCUAUUCCAGGCGUCACCAUUCAGAACUUCCAACUGGAGAUUCAGGGGAGCGGAAGGCCUAGUCGGUCCCAGUUUGGCAUCUUUCAACCCAUUGACCGGACUGCCUGGCGAUCGGUAGUCCGGCACUUCUUCACCCCAGCAUAUAUCCUCUUCUUUCCUAUCAUCUUCUGGGCAUCGAUGGCGACUGGAUCAGCGGCGAAUGCCCUUCUAGCGGUCAACAUAUUACAGUCCCCGGGUCUCUCUGCGCCGCCUUACAAUUUCACGCCAGCGCAGGUCGGAUAUGCUAAUUUUGCGCUGGUGGUUGGAGGUGUAUUCGGACUCGCCGUCGCCGGACCAUGGUCGGAUUGUGUUUCACAGAAAGCAACGAUAAAGAACAAGGGUAUUCGGGAACCGGAAAUGCGACUCAUAUCCUUAAGCCCAUUCAUUGUGGUCGUUAUUAUUGGACUAAUUGUAUUCAGCGUUGGUUUGCAAGAAAAAUGGCCGUGGCCCGCCGUCAUCAUCAUCGGCUUUGGCUUUGUGGGCAUCCAAGUCGUCGCGAUCCCUACCAUCACCAUCACAUACGCCAUUGACUGUUAUAGGCCAAUAUCAGGAGAGAUUAUGGCUAUUGCAACCGUCUGCAAGAACACCUUUGGGUUUGGGAUGACAUAUUUUGUGAAUGAUUGGGCUACCGCAGACGGCUUUGUACCACCAGUUAUGCUUCUUAUGGCGAUGACUGCUGGUUUCACGCUGGUGGGAAUGGUCGCAUUGAUAUUCUACGGGAAGAGCUGCAGGCGCAUCACGCGAAAUUCGAGAGUGCAUUCAUUUUAG